CUCUUAGGUUGUUACAUGCUAAACCGUCCGGCCACAGUUGGAAGCAAUGGAAGGUAGACCGAGCAGAGGCAGAGGCGGCAGUUGGAAAAGAGGCGGCCGGGGUGGAAACGACGGCGACAGCGGUGGCGGUGAACAUCGGGGCAGAGGCCGAGGAGGCCACUACCGAGGCCGGGGGAAAAGAGACCACUACCGCGGUCGUGGACGCGGGGGAGGCGGCCAUGCAGCAGAGUUCCAUCACCGGAAUCGAGAUGAAGAGGACAACGUUCAGGAGGAAGACGACAGGAGGGAGGUGUUCUCCAGGAGGAAACUGGAGUCAAACUGGGAUCGAUAUGAGGCGUCAGAGAGGCAGGAGCCUGACGAUGACACACCCACUCAGAGAGGAACGGACUACCACGUCCUGCUGGAGUCAGCAGGGGAUUCCUUCACUCAAUUCCGGUUUUCAGAAGAAAAGGACUGGGAGAUGGACUCAUUUGCAGCCAGUCAGAUGUCUGCAGUGUUUGUGGACCUCCCAGCGCUCGCCCAGAGCCUUCAACAAGUGCCUCUCCAUCAGAGACUCAACCUGGAUGCUGAGCUGCUUCAGGUCACAACACCAAUAGAGCUGCCCACUAUGACCCUCGCACCUAAACAGGAGGUGCCCAAAAUGGCAACCUUCACUCCUCCGUCUGCACCUUUAAAAGUCCCCAGCACUGACCAGAAAUUUCCUGUGGCUGCAAACCCAGCAUCGGGCUCAGACUCCCAGGUUUCCUUGAGCGCUGCAGAGCCGCCGGUGGAAGAUGAUGGUGAUGAAGAGCUGGACCAGCUGCUAAGUUUACAGAAACCAGUCUCGGGUGUUAGUGGAAACCAGUCUGUCAGUGUCACAGACGAGGAGAGUGUGCUCACAAAGAAAGCAUGUGAGGAAGUGAAGGAGGUGGUAACAGAAGUCAUAGAAGAGAAGAUGGAGGAGGUGAAAGACAAAGAUGUCACACCUCCCAAAUCUGCUUCCGUCAAGCAGGAAAUGACAGAAGAAGACCUGGAGGACUGGCUUGACAGCAUGAUCUCCUGACCAUCAACUCAACAAAGGACUUGAUUAAAGACCGAAGAGUUGUUGGACUUUGGUCUUGAUUUCAAACUUAAAAUUUGCCUAAAAAUCAGCCUGAAAGCUGAUUCUAAAGUUUACAUGUUGGACACAUGUUUGUGAAGGACUGAAGUUGGAUAUUGGUGUCUGCUUUUUUUGCUUAACAAAAAUGGGUGGUUAUGUGUUUGUUUCCUGGGUUGAAUGAGAGACAGUAUGUUCAGAGGUGAGACAGGACAGUAUGUGUGUGAUAAUGUGUCAGAAUAUUGCUGCUUCACUUCAUGUUUUGGAGAAAGAAUUCUCUGUUUUGUGAUACUGUGUCAAAGUGUUCCUGUUGCACACUUCAUGUUUCAGAGAAAGAAUUCUCUGUUCCUUGUGAAAGUUACACAUCACGGGAGUGUCGCCGUCAGAGGGAUCUCAGCUGCAAAAGGGACAGACACAAUAGUGAAACU